AAAAACGACGGCGAGGGAAAAGAAGAACGAAGGGAAAAGACGUUCGAAAGUCAAGAGGGGGGAAACAAAUAUCCAGAUGUAAAAGAAAGUCGGAUAUACGGACGAGAGAGGGUGAAGCAAACAGCAGAAUAUUAUCCUUUUUAAGACUAACGUCCAAUCUUUCUAGCAGCCAUGCCGCUACAUAAAUCUACACGGGCCUCCCGCUUGGACCCCACCAUGAUCUCAGCCCCUCUGGGUGACUUCCGCCACACCAUGCACAUCGGCAGGGGGGGAGAUGCCUUCGGGGACACCUCCUUCCUGUCCACGCUGGGACCAAGCCCACCCAGCUCCGACCCGGGAAGCCCGGGGUCUUCGUCCGUAGACUGCCCGGCCUCUGUACACCACAACGAUGUGUAUCAAGAGCCUCCGGGAAACCUCCAUGAUGAUGAUGAGCUUCAGUACUCUGAAUCGGUGUCAUCGUUCACCUUGGAUUUGGAUCUCGAUCUGGGCCCUUCCAUGCUGGGAGACGUACUCGGGGUGAUGGAUGGUUUGGGACUGGACUCCAACAAAGACGACGUCCUCAGCCCCAAAAGCGUUACGUCCCCGGUGGAAACAAAGUGUGUCGUAAACAGGCACAACGAGCUUAACGGGAAGAACCCGGAUGAGAACCAGAUGGGCGACGGCAGAAUACCAGAUGGGAUCAAACCGAAGGGGCUGCGACCCAAGGUGAGAUUCAGCGACAAGCGGGAAGAAAUCAUCCGCCAGGCGUCCGAGGAGGAAGAGGGUCAAGGGUUCGACUUCCAGGAGGAGGACCUGACGGAGAGUCCGACGACGGGCGAGAGGGUCGGAAGGGAAUUCGCCGCCCACAAAGAUCUGCCUCCCAGCCCGGCUUCGUCUCAUAGCUCCGACUACGAAGGAGUGAGCGCGCUGGACCGAAGGAGGGUCGGCAGCAGCCACUCAGAGACUGACUCAGAAGAAGAGGAAGUAGGGCGGGGCUAUACCUUCGAAGAUGAGUUUGAUGAUGAGAUCGGACUAUAGGUCCGUCUCCUACCAACUGUGUAUUAUUCGCCAUUUUGGGCUGUCGGGUAGAAUUUCAGAACGAACCUAAAAUGCACUAUAAUCUUGACAAAACGUGGCGAAAUGCUCAACAUGUGUAUUUGAAAGUUUAGAGGUCAAAUUCAGAUCAGCUGGAAAGGGUUGAGAGCAUUUUAGGUUCACUUCCAAGUUCCACGCCAAAGCCAAAUAUUCCCCAACAUUUUGUGAAUUGUCUGUUUUAAAUUACAUUACAAAGCGUCAAACCGAUGGAUUCAAAACUUGGUUUAACUUUUUUCCUGAAAGCUGUUCAGUGUGAAGACGAUGUUGCUCUGCUGGAAAAAUACUUUUUUAGCGUAACAGAUGCGCCCGUUUUAUUACGAGCAGCAUUUGUUUUUCUACAGUGAAAAAUUGUAGCACUUUUCCCCCCCCCUCCCAUUCACCAGGAGGCCUUUUAAUUUCAACUUUAUUCAUAUUUUCCCAAAUGUGCCAUGCGUGUUUUUAAGUGCCUUAAACUUGAUCAGAUAUUUUAGUACGAGUUCCCUACAUAUUUUUGUUUUCCGCCAUUGCAUGUUUAUGUCCCCGUGUCAUUCUUUUGGAGCGUCGUUGGAGCAGAUUUUGUGAACGUGUAACAUUCCAUGUCAUGACAAUGUGACUUUCGCUGGAUCAGAUCUAAUUGCAGCGUUCUUUUUUUUAUUUUUUUUUAUUAUGUGUGCAUGUUUUCAUUCACUACCAAAACCUUUUUCCUCUUUGGGCUGGAAAAAAAAUGGGACAAAUGCUGAGACAAUCAAGUAUUGAGUGGUUUUUAUCUCCCCCUCAUUAUGCUGUAAAACGGAGAGACUUGAGCGUUUAUCCAUUGAACUUGCUGGCAUUUCAUGUCUUGUGGUUUACAGUGAAACAAUAAAACAAAACUAUUUGGGAUUU